AUGGAACGCGAAUCCAGAUCCCCCGAGAUCGAGUCGAACGAAGGUGCUGGCUCUCCCGAAGCAAGCAGCGCCCGGCCUAAUCCUUUCAAAGGCGGCGACGAGAGCUCGCGAAAGCGACGGCGAACCUCCCUCAACGUCGAUUCUCGAAGCCGAUCCGUCGAGUCUGACGCACAAUCUCCACACGAGACCCCGAUAGUCGACACAAUCCACCUUUCCUCCUCCCCGCCUGCCGUCGAGGCCGAACCCGACGACUCUAUAAUGAUCAUGGACUCUGGCCCGGCUCCCUCAUCUCCCCGCACUCCCGAGAGAACUCCCAUACAGAACCCGGGCGACAUAUUACCACCCCCUGGGUUUGAGUCUGAGGCCCGUCAAACCACCGGCCCUUCGCCCCGUGUGACGCUUAGUUUGCGGAAUUCAGCCCCACGGACACUUGACACAAUACCCUCGUCUCCACCAGCGAGUCCGACACCCUCAGGCCGGCCAAGCGCCGAGCACACCAACGACAACAGCAUGGCACCACCAAACGGUCGGAAAGCAGCCGACGGGGCUACCCCUGCUGCCGAUGCCAUGAACGCCACUCUCCCUCUAGCCAACGAAACUACGCAACCUUCUGACACAGACCGCUCUCGGACUACAAGCCCACAAAUAGAAAUCGUCGAUAUAGUUUCUGACGAUGGUGACGCUGGCUUUGGUCCGUCGGCGCCGAAUGUCACCCUGCUCUCGGAAACGACCGGUGUGCCACUCGACGCCAUACCGGACCCCUCAGACGACUUUCCGUACCUUACCAAUGGUGAUGCACCGGCUGAUAUAAUGAUGGUCUUAAUGGGUCCGCUCACGCAAGAUCCAUCGAUAUCGCAUCAACUGCAAACUUGGAUCGAUCAAUACCUUCUCUUUGCCAAGACGUCUCCAUUUGAACGAGUCUACGAGUCAUACACGGUUCAUCGUUCGCUGUGGUUGGCUCUCCCAGACUUAAUAUGGGGCACGCCCAACCUGCGUGCGCCUGGCUUUGGGACUGCCGACUUGGAGACAAGAUUGAAGGUCUUCACGUUCUGUGUAUCCUUUGCACGACUGGCCGCGUUUUUUGUUGAAUUCGAGGUCAAUCUGCUACAGCGUCUCAGUUCGUCGGGGAAUUUACAAUCACGCGAGCAUAUAUCUACCUUCUAUCUGCUGGCUCUGAUUAGCCUGACUAAACGGGACAUUUCGCUUAAGGACGAAGACCGGAUGGAAGUGGCUUUUGAGUCUGAUGACACGUCCGCUAUUUUGGAGCAAUUUUCCUCCUUCCAUCAAACCGAGCGGGGCGGCACGCUUCGCCUCUUGUACCGUCUGCUGGAGUUGCAGGUUCUCAUUAUGCCGACCGACCCCAAAAUUAUUGAGAACUUCUCCCAGGUUUGUGUGAUAGCUGCUUGUGUCACCCGCGAAGCUUAUCGCAAUGUUGCACGUGCGGACCAUGCUCCCUUUGCCCUUGCGGCCGAGAAGGAUGUGCUCGCUCUGGGACGAACCGUUUUUAACACUGCUUCUGCCGCUCUUGAUACCGCCAUUACGAAUCACAUUACUGCUGUGAGCCAAGACAACGCUAGUCAUUGCAUCGCUUCCCUUGGCGACCUGGUCUAUAUCAAUCUCAAGGUCGACGAACAGGAAGCUGUGCGACUUGCCACCAGCAUCGAAGAGCGCUACCCAAUGCCUCUCGAAUGCAUUCCAGACGCAUUUGCUAUGAAGUGGCGCUUCACCAUGUUCUGCCGCCUAAUCAAGAACAGCCAGAUGCAGCUUCGGCUCAUGGCUGUGACUAAUUUAUGUCAAGAGUUGGUCGGUUGCUGGAGGCGAUAUGGUGACCAAGCUCAGGAACACCUGCAGGACGAGUACGUUUUGCGAUAUGUGACGGAUGUUCUCGCCAAUACCGGCGUCGUGGCAUACAUGCUAGGCCCUACGUGUCACCCCGAGAUCACGGCGGAAAGUGGCAAUAUUAUCGGCUUCUUGGCAGUGACCCGAACGUACACCAACGCCCACACCGAUCUCUUUUGGCAGACUGUGACAAACACGCAAAACCCUCGAAUCUCCGAAGCUUUAAUUCGGACCGCAUGUCGCAUUGGCAAUCUGUUUUCAUUCGAGGCUGCGGUUUACUUUUGCCGAGGAUUUUUGGAGGUGCCGAUCGCGUCAUUUACGCCAUCCAUGCGCGAGCUUUGUGAAGUCUUCCUCCGCCACGUAUGCAGCAAAGCACCACAAGAGUCUGAAGCGUCUAUGGAUAGCAUCAUCCCCUUCGAUGUAUGCCUACAGCUGCUGCGUGAAUCGUCCAUCCCGAGUGCGACUGGCCCAGUAGCUUACCCCGAAGUUCAGGGCUUCGCUAUUGGCAAGCUCAGGGAGUGCUUGGCCAGCGUCCCGAUUGACCUCGACCAGCGCCAGAGCCUGUACCAAACAUGCUUGCUGGACCUCACACAGAAGUCGAGAACUACGUUGGGCAGCCUGAGUGCUAUCACGAUCAUAAAUGGGCAUUAUGGAAAUCGCGAUUUAGCGUUCUUGACAGCCGAACAUGACCUGACAAAGUUGAUUGUGGACGAGCUUGAAGACGCUAUUGCAAAAGGACGUACACUUGCUAUUCCGGCGGUGAUCAGCGGGCCAGCAAAUGCGCCUCGUCGCGACAUCAUUUAUUCUGUCGUACUCAACCAUCCCUACACCUUGACCUCUGAGCUCAGUGCCCGGCUUUGGGAUAUGAUGGCUGGUUCUGCGGCCGCCUGCAAAGAAGAUCGCAAUGCCUCCUGGAACAUCUUUAUUAUGUGUCUUCGGCGUGGUAGGCCGCAAGAGAACAACCCGUUCUUGACACAAUGUCUCACCGAAUUUCUACCCGGCCUUGCGCCUGACUGUUUCUGCGAGUCGCUUCUCGAGUUUCUUCGCGAACGGCUCGUUCCUUUAUUGAACGAUAUUGCCUGCAGUCUCUUUGACGUCGCUUCAACUAAGGGUCAGCAAAGCAAGGCAAUUGUGGAUGAAGACAAGAGUAUCGAUCGAAUCACUCUGGAGCAGCUGUGGCGCAUUGUUCUGACUGCACCGCCUAACACGAUUGAGCGCCGCGCCACACACUUUCUCGUCAAGGAUGUGUACAUUGACAGCCAGUGCAUUAGGGCCUUCCCGCUGUACAGGUCUCGGAAGAUCCACUUAGCACUGGUGAGCCGGUGCUUGGAGCAGCUCUCGUCUGCGGCGAAGAACCUGAAGUAUGCCACAACCGAAAAGGCCAUGACCAAAUCUGAAGACGACAACCAUCUUGCGGGACCUACUGAAUCGGCGUCAUUUAUAUACGAGCAAGAGCUCUUGUUUAUCCGAUCUCUCAAGGUUUUGCAGGAAUUCCUUCACCUUUAUCGCGCCAGCUCGCAGUUUUCGACUCCUGAUCUGCGCCCAUUCAUCACGGAUAACCUUAACAGUGUCGCUGGCGAGUCAGCAGAGCUCAAGUACCAGUCGUUUGACGGUGACAGCCAGACAGAGGUUAAGCCUCUGAACAUUGGCCGUCAAAACACAGCCGCAUCCCUGCUAGCGAGUCUGAAAGAAGUCACUGGCUUUGACAACUACCGUAUGUACUAUCGAGGGCAGGCUUUCGCACCCAAGGGCGGCGACAUCUGCCGGUCACUCGAAGAACUACGCAUCCACAACGGCCUCAUUCUGGUAAAGAGAGAUGUCGACCCGGAAGACGAUACGGAAGAGACGUAUGCUGGUGGUUCGCCUGUCGAGUCCGAGAUCCUGAAGCACUUUCACGAACUAUGGGGCUACCUCAGCAUGGAGGAGCAGCUUGCAAGUGAGAUUCAAGAAUUUCUUGUUGAGCUCACCAUAGACGAAGAGUUUUUGCAUCGGUUCGACAAAGAUGGUGUGUCCUACAAGGAUGUUUUCUACAUCGGACAGCCAUACAAAUCCCUCUACACACUGCACGCGUUACGCGAAUAUCUUGUGCUUCGUCACCGAACGGAAUCUGAGGCCGUGACUGUCGUUUCUAGCUCGUGUGAGUCAGAAGAUACGGAAACUCAGAUGAGGACGCCAGACUCGGCAGAUGCCCAACUUCAAGGGCCUGAGUCCGCCGCAGAUACUUCCGCGCCAAAAAACAACGAGCCUCAAGUCACGACAUUGCCGGAAGUUUCCAGUCCAACAACGCCAGCGCUACCUUACCAGUCUGCUCUCGCCCAAGUCACCAACCUCGUGACAUCUGCCCUUUGCGAUCCGAGCGUCACAGAGAUAUCCGCAAAUGCAUGCCUGCAGGUUGAGCUCAAAGCGAAGCUUCUGCAAAUGCUCAAUUUCGCGUUAAGCAGCUCGCAGCUCAACGAAUCGGCGUCCAAGAGCCUCGACGCCAAGCUCUUGAGUCGUCUUAUGGAAAUAUUGUCAGCUGAGUUUCAGAGUCGUCUAGAGAACUCGACGCGCGUUGUCAGACUGGCUUUUAAAGUCAUCAUGAACGCCUGUGCGCUGAGCCGCGAAUUUUGGGAGGCAUUCCGGACCCACGAUAACACACCCUUCCUGACCGAGCAACUUCUUUUGUUGGAUGACCGUCUGGACAUUCGACAACUUGCAGUGGUUCAAAUCGGCAACAGAAUUCGAUCUCAAAAUGCCCUAGUUACCGUGGGAGCGUCUGAUUUCCAAGAAUUUUUCUGGCCAGUGAUUCUGGCAAUUGUGCCAAAGGCUGUUCUUGAGCCGACGAAGUGCGAGGGAGUCUUCAACUUGGCUGACCAGCUAUUCGGUGAUUUACUUGAGGCCAAUUCAUCAACACUAGACAUUCCGGCUUUGUUGAGUUCGAUGGGCGAUCUGAUCCUGACCUGCACAACCUCCGAGGAUGUCACACAGCCGGAGUGUGCCGAUUAUGCCAUGUUUGGGUUGUCUCGACUGUUCAAUUCGAUCUACCGUGCGUCACAGAACCUUGACAUUGUUGGCGCCGUUCCUUCAAGCUUCAUGAACAAACUCUUCUGGAAGCACCUGUUCCCACCGUGGCGUAGCAGUGCCUCGAACAUAGAAGGAUCUUCCGCCUCCUCUAAACUCUCGUAUCCUCGCAUUGUUGUCAGCUCACAGACGAGAGCACUCUUGAUGAAGAUUAUCUCUGAUCUCAUUGAUGACAAUGCAAACCUUCUGCCGAGUAUCAUCCGGAAUUUAGAUCAACUCGUCCCUUGCGAGAAGUCCGAGGAUGAAGAACCUUACCAUUACGAGCUGCCGUCACUGUUCGAUCGAUCAAGGGCCUUGCGUGCCCCCUGCGGCUACGUUGGCUUGCGGAAUCUAUCCAACACGUGUUACUUCAACUCUUUGUUCACACAACUGUUCAUGAAUGUCCCUUUCCGGCAGUUCAUGAUGAAUGUUGAGGUGCGCGAUGAAGGUGACACGCAGAAUCUACUUUUCCAGACUCGCAUAUUGUUCGGUUUCUUGCAGGACAGCAUCCGGCGGUUUGUGGAUACGCAAAUGUGUGUUGGCAGUGUCAAAACAUACGAUGACACCACAAUCGAUAUCCACAACCAAAUGGACGUGGACGAGUUCUACAAUCUCCUCUUUGAUCGGUGGGAGGGACAGCUCCUGUCCGAGGAGGACAAAAAGGCAUUCCGGUCCUUCUUUGGAGGCCAAAUUGUCCAGCAAGUGCGUUCUAAGGAGUGUGAGCAUGUCUCGGAGAGACUUGAGCCUUUUUCAGCUAUCCAGUGCGACAUCAAAGGAAAGACGAGCCUGCAGGAAAGCUUGCGUGCCUACGUGGAAGGUGAAAUCAUGGAAGGCGACAACAAGUACAAUUGCUCGAGUUGUGAUCGACAUGUUGACGCCAUCAAAAGGGCAUGUCUGAAAGAUAUACCAGACCAUCUCAUCUUCCACCUCAAGCGCUUCGACUUCAACCUACGAACGCUUCAGCGCAGCAAGAUCAACGACCGCUUCUCGUUCCCCCAUGAGAUUGACAUGCGCCCAUAUACAAUUGACCAUCUCAGUAAUCCCGAUGAAGAGCAGCUGGCUGAUGUAUUCGAACUUGUCGGUGUCCUAGUCCAUUCGGGCACGGCAGAGUCCGGACAUUACUACUCGUACAUUCGUGAGCGACCUACUUCCAACGAAAACGAGAGCUGGGUGGAAUUCAAUGACGAUAUAGUCAGCACUUGGGACCACUCUCUGAUGGAGUCGAUGUGUUUCGGAGGUACGGUGGACCGGACCGGAAGCCUUUACAGCGUUGAUGCCAACAAUGGGAUCCCGUCGGAAAAAGUUUACAGCGCAUACAUGCUCUUCUACCAGCGGUCUUCCUCGCUGAAGCGAGAGCAAGAUGCGUUGGCUCUGUCGGGCAGGUCCAGCCCGUCCAAGGCCGAGAUCCCAGCAGCACUUUCUGACCAUAUUCAUAACGAGAACACGUCUCUUGUGCGCCGGCACGCGUUGUACGACCCUCAGCACCUGCCAUUUGUUAGCAAGAUGCUCAAUCAUGUUCAGUUUGCUAGGCCAGGUGGCGAAUGCUCGGCGAACCAUAGACUGGAGAACCUGGCCAUCCAGAUGGCUCUCAGUCACCUUGACCAAGUCGCAUCUCGAACUAAGGACACUCCCGACUUCCAAACACUGUUCAAUGGUGUCUCUGCAAUGGGCAAGAAGUGUGCCUUGUGCUCGCUGGCCAUCUUUGACUACUUCGAUUCCCGGCCUGAAAUUCUUAAGCAGAUGGUGCAGCGGAGUUUGGACCCCGAAGUGCGACUUGAAAUGGGCCGUCUGAUUAUUGGGUCUCUUAAGAGCAUCAAAUCGGCUUUCCCCAUUAGCUAUACUUCAUUUGAGGACGAGCCUGAAAUGGAUACCGACGACGACGAACAGAGCGGCGUUGGUGUACUCGGUAAACGCACCGAGUUACAUCGUAGCUCAUCGAUCAUACACAGUGCAGCCUACAUGAUGCAAAUUUUGUGGGAGACUUUUCACCUUGUAUCAAGAUCAUGGAAUGAGGUCUUUGGCUUCAUGUUGGCAUUUGCUAGUAUGGGCCGCGAGGAGGUAGGAAUUUUCCUAGACCUCGAAGGCUUCCGACGCACCAUCUUGACCAUAUCCGCCGACACUGCCUUCCCUCUGGAUCAGCAAUUCUCACGAAUGGUUAUCAUGCUGCAAAGACGAAAUCGACCCCCAUCGUUCGAGAAUGUCAUUGCCCUGUUCGGCACGCUGCUGGUGGGAAUGUACCCAAGCCGCCCGCAACCCCGGACCGAGAGCGAAAUGUACGUCAACGACAAUACGAACCGGUUUUCGUUGGCUAUUAGUGACGCGGAAGGUGACAUUCCCAUGUCCCGCACUGAGUACCUUCUCAUGGGUCGCGACUGGAACCGCGACUUUGGUAAUGUGUUUGUGGACAAGUUAAUUGCCAUUGAUCAAAACCCCCAGGCCACAAAUGCUAUUAUAGCUCACCUGAUGGCGACUCAUCCGGCCAUGGAGGCUAAGGUCUACACUACGCUCAAAGCAAAUGUCUCGUCCAACGCUGCUGCCGCGCCACAAAGUCCGUUCUUACGGGCAACAAUUGUAUUUUUGCAAAAUGCCAAAUCAGAGCCCUUGGCGAGUGGGAUGAUGAAGCACCUCUCUGAGCAAUGCCGUGGUGUGGCGCAUGGAGAGGGUCGGAUGUUCUUUGAGACAUUGCGUGGUCUCUAUCAUGGCAGAACGGCUGCAACUGGCCAGGUCGAUGUGAAGGCAAUCAUCGACGGGCUACGUUACAUUCCCAUAUGGGUCCCCGGUCUGCUGUGUUACUUUGACAUGUCGGUUACUAGUCAUGUCGAGGCGUUCUUGCAAGAGAACAUCUUCUCGUAUGGGCCGAACCCACAAUUUGAAGAGGACGAAGGAGGCCAGGAACGGGCCACAGAGCUGGUGUUGGCGGUGAAGCGGCUUGGUGUCGAGAUGUUCCAGUACAUACAGGUCGCUUUCAUCCAGCGCGAUGCACCAAUCAGCGGUACGGUCGUCGGUGCGGUCCAACGACUAAUGACUGAAUGUGUCCCAUAUUACUCGCAGGCAGAUGGCGAGCCCGAGGACGAGCUAUCUGCUCAAUUCCUCAACCUCAGCACAAGUGCGUAUUCCGUCACCUUGUACGAUCCCGAUUGA